UUCGAACUGUCAUUACCGCGAUGUAACCUGUGUUCCAGACUGCAAGCAUAUAAACACUGCGAAUGUCCAUCAAUUAAAUAAGCCCCACCCCACCAGCCAUUCAAAUCAACUUAUUCAAACGUUUUAACCAACACUGAAAUGUUUAAACAAAUCACAGGUCUGAUUCUAGAUCUUGUCUCUUCAACUGGACAACUCCUGCCUUGUGUACCGUGUUUGUCCCUCUGCCUAAAAGUCUGCGUGUACCUUGCAUAAUCGUUUUUUCGUUUUACCUGAAAUUACAUUAAGCAAAUAGUAUUAAGGAAAACAUGUUUUAGAAAUGUUUUUUUUGUUUAGAAAUGGUCAUGGUUGAAUACAAAAAAAGAAAACCAGAAAGGUUCACUGACGCACUGUGCCAAGAAGCAGGUCUAAUAGAUAAAAUAUGCUUUCCAUUCUUCAAUAUAUUGGGGAUUUCGUUAUUUAUUUCCAUAUAGGGAUGUAAUGAUGCAAAUAAGAUUAAGGACGUUUAAUAAUAGAGUUGUAGAUACUGUACAUUAGAUCCCUGUUUUAGGAAGGGCAUUCUAAGUACACGAAUUAGGGCACAUUGCCUCUUGUGUUAGUGUUUAUUCGUGCUCAUAAACAUCAUUUGGUUUCCAUAUUCUAGGCGAGUGUUUGUGUGUGCGUGCGUGUUUGCGCCCGCGUGUCACCCUGUGUCCUACUUUCACCAGUGAUGAUGCUGCAACAGAAAGGAGGAGCAGGAGUAUCCCACAAUGCCCUUGUCGGGGCCGGAGAUGGAUGCUGCCUGCUGCUCCGCUCUCGCGCUGGUGCUGACGUUUGUUGUUGCAGUCGCAGCUUGUACUGACAUUUCCAGUCGAUCACCUUGUUCUUGCCGGUCGCCGUUGCCAGCGCGUGCUUGAGACUGUUCUGCGAAGACAGCCCCCGCCGCUUUGGGCCCUUCCAACAAACGCGAACAUAAAGGACGGACACUGUCAUCCAGCGAUAUCCACCGUAGACCGUCACUGUCUCCCGGAGAAGCCGGGGAGAGGGGGUCCAGUGCCGGCCGUAGCAUGAGCAUGGACCCCCUGGCCAAGCUCUGCCAGUCCCAAGCGGAGCGCAGCCCCGGGACCCUCAGUGGCCGGCCGACGGCGAUGGAAGCAUCUGGGGGAGACAGUGAGUCGGGCUGCGGUGAAGAAGAGACCAUUGGUGCCAGUGAUACAUUCAGUAGCCUCGCCGAGAUGGAGACGUUGGAGGAGAAAUUAAAGGGUCUGGCUUUUAGGAAACAGACUUCGUAUAGGAAAGCCAUCUCGAGGUCGGGUCUCCAGCACCUGGCUCCUGUCCACCACCCCCUGCCUCCUGUCAGCAACGGACCCUCCAAGGAGCUGCGCACGUCUGUCGACUGGAAUGAGACUGCUUUAAACGGGGACCACCUGUGGAUGGAGACCAGUUGUUCGGGAGAGCUGUGCUACCUGGGGGAGGAUACGUGUGUGCUAAAGACUGCAAAGUCCGCCCCCAGGAGGAAGUGUGCAGCCUGUAAGAUCGUAGUCCACACCGCCUGCAUCGAGCAGCUCGACAAGAUUAACUUCCGCUGUAAACCCACGUUCAGAGAAGGAGGCUCACGCUGUCUCAGAGAUAACAUGUUAAGGCACCACUGGGUCCACAGACGCCGUCAAGAAGGCAAAUGUCGACAGUGUGGCAAGAGCUUCCAGCAGAAGUUCUUCCACAGUAAGGAGAUUGUGGCCAUAAGCUGCUCCUGGUGCAAACAAGCUUUCCAUAACAAGGUGACGUGUUUCCAGCUGCAUCAGAUUGAGGAGACCUGUUCUCUGGGGGCUCACGCCGGGGUCAUCGUUCCACCCUCUUGGAUCAUCAAAGUCAGGAGGCCACAGAGCUCGUUCAAAAACUCGACCAGGAGGAAAAAACGCACAUCGUUCAAAAGGCGAAGCAGUAAAAAAGGAACUGAUGAGUCAAAAUGGCGUCCAUUCAUUCUGAAGCCUCUUCCAUCCCCGCUGAUGAAGCCUGUUCUAGUCUUUGUCAACCCCAAGAGCGGAGGCAACCAGGGUACCAAGGUCUUACAGAUGUUUAUGUGGAUCCUAAACCCUCGUCAGGUGUUUGAUCUUUCCCAGGGAGGGCUGAAAGAGGCGUUGGAGUUGUACAGGAAGGUGCCAAACUUGCGGAUCUUGGCUUGUGGCGGAGACGGGACGGUGGGGUGGAUCCUGUCCGCACUGGAUGAGUUAGGAAUGACCCCCCACCCCCCUGUAGCAGUACUUCCUCUGGGGACAGGAAAUGACCUCGCAAGGACCCUCAACUGGGGAGGGGGUUAUACAGAUGAGCCGGUGUCCAAGGUACUAUGUCAGGUGGAGGAUGGCUCUGUGGUGCAGCUGGACAGAUGGAACCUUCAAGUGGAGAGAAGCCCCGCCCAGCCAGAGGAGGGCACACAGAAGCUCCCACUGAAUGUUUUUAACAACUACUUCAGCCUGGGCUUCGAUGCCCAUGUCACUCUGGAGUUCCACGAAUCCAGAGAGGCCAACCCUGAGAAAUUCAACAGCCGCUUCCGCAACAAGAUGUUCUAUGCAGGGGCUGCCUUUACUGACUUCCUCCAGAGGAGCUCCAGGGAUCUGUCGAAACAUGUCAGAGUGGUGUGUGACGGGACAGAUCUCACUCCUAAAAUCCAGGAGCAGAAGUUCCAGUGCAUUGUCUUCUUAAACAUUCCCAGGUAUUGCGCGGGCACCAUGCCGUGGGGGAACACAGGAGACCACCGGGAUUUUGAGCCUCAGCGCCAUGACGACGGCUGUAUCGAGGUCAUCGGCUUCACAAUGUCCUCCCUUGCAGCACUACAGGUAGGAGGCCAUGGUGAGCGACUCCACCAAUGUAGAGAGGUGACUCUCACUACCUUUAAGACCGUCCCUGUACAGGUGGACGGAGAGCCGUGUCGUUUGGCUCCCUCAACCCUGCGCAUCUCCCUUCGCAACCAGGCCAACAUGUUGCAGAAGACCAAGAGACGCACCUCGGUACCCCUGCUGAACGAUAUUCAGAAAGUGUGUGCAGCAGACCUGCGCCGCCUUUCUGCUCCCCCUGACUCCUUCUCGGUCACUCACGCUGUCCCGGAUCGCCUGCGCCUCCGAGUGAACCGAAUCGGUUUACAGGACUACGACAGACUGCAGUUUGACAAGGAACGUCUCCGAGACAUCUCUAUCGCCGUGGGCAUUGUGGUGGUCAGAGGAGACUGUGACCUGGAGACCUGUAGACUCUACAUUGACAGACUGCAGGAGGAUCUACGUCAAGCUCCCUCUGCUGGCCACCGAGUGCAUUACCAGGAUGAGUGCAGAGGUUUGCCCAGACCAGGCUCCGCCCACAGGCUCUCCACUACAUGGAGCUUCCUGGACUCUACGUCCGCAGACAGGUUCUACCGUAUAGACAAGGCCCAGGAGCACCUGCACUAUGUGACAGAGAUCUGCCAGGACGAGGUCUUCAUCCUGGACCACGAGGGACCAGCGGGGGCAACUGACAUGCCCGACCUGGUGGUGGAGCCCAGCUCUGGGAGUCCUCUUACACCUGAGGAACAAGCCCUGUUGACUGCCGCCUUCUCUGGGGACAUGACUACGUUAUCGGGCAGCUUCUUCCGUGGGACCAGCCUGCUGGUGAGGGAUUCCAGGGGUUGUAGUGCUUUACACCUGGCCUCCCAGCACGGACACAUCGAAGUGGUCCGCUUCAUACUGGAGCAUGGGUCAAAGGUGCUCCUGGAUUUGACGGACAGAGAAACAGGAGACACUGCCUUGCACAAAGCGGCCUCAGAGAAGCACCAUGCUGUGUGUCACCUUCUGAUAGACUCCGGAGCUUCCCUCAUCAAGACCAACUUCCAGGGUAAGACACCAGUGGAGAAAGCAUCUGAUGCAGGGGACUCAGAGCUGGCCUCCUACCUGACCAGCAAACAGCACCCUGCCACAGCCUCACACGAAGACCUGGAGACCGCCGUGUGAGAGGAACUGAGCCAGAAAGAGGCAAAAGAGACUGCACACAACAUGGGGGAACAGACAGAAGAUAAGAGAUGGAAAGCUCUCAGUCACGUCCGUCAGUAGACUGUGAGACGUAUAUCAGACAGGAAGCAACAGCAGCCUGAUGUGCUUUAGACUCCACGAUUAGCAUUAUCCUGACCUAUUCUGCACAGGAGAAUGUUUCAUCAAAAACUAUUUAUUGUUGGUUUUAUUUAUUUCGUAAUUUAUUGAUUGAUUGUAAAUGUAUUCAGGAUCAUCUGGUGUUGACUGAAAUAAUAACCAAGGUCCAGCCUGGGUUGGUUUUUAGUAUGUUAGGGGUCAGAGGUUAAGGAAUUUGACUAUUUUACUUCUUGAUAUUUAGUGGUUCCUCACCCAAAUUGUAGUUCAUGGGUCAAAAGAUGAGGUCUGUUAUAACUGUGUUAAGGAAAACUAACUAUGGAUGGCAGUUUCUCUUGCCCUAAUGGCUCAUAGAUGGUUCCUCACCUCAAUUUGUAAAAUAGUUCCAUUCUCCUUAAAGUUUCACAGAGACGCUCCGACCCCAUUUCAGGCCUUACAUACGUACUGUUCCAACCAAGGUUGAAGGACAGAUUUUAAACCUAGUUUAAAUAUAUGUAUUUUCCCAGAAGGCCUUGUGAAUCAUUCAGACGUGUGCCAAAGACACACAACACUGUGAGGCAGGGACACCGCCCAGCUCUCCAUAUACCACCACACGUCUAGACACCCAGUUCGCUGCACCCUGCAAAGGCAUUUCUGGAGGCCUGUGUCAAAAUGACAG